GGGGCGGAGCUUGCAGUGGGCUGAGAUCCGACCACUGCACUCCAGCCCGGGCAACAGAGUGAGACUCCGUCUCAAAAAAAAAAAAAAAAAAAAAAAGAUACAGACAGGGUGGUCUGGAAGGGUCCAGAGCAGGAGCUUCUAUCUCUGUAGAGUUUCGGUUACGUCACCCUCUGGGCACAUGGAUGAGUUCUUCACCUUCUGUCAGCCUCCACGUGUUGAGCUCUCAGAAGCUCCCCGAACCCUGUCCUUUGGGCCUUUUAUGGAGAACUCCAUUGGCUGUCCAUGAUUGAAGCAUGGACAACUGUGAUAAUGUGACUGGGCAAAAAGGGUCUGAUCUAAGCCUAGCAAGGCUGGUCCAGAUUCUUUGGGCCUUUGUGCAGCAUUCCUUUCUCCAGGGUAUGGGGCAAGGACCCACUCUGGAAUGAGGAUCCUACAACCACAAUCAGAUUAGAGUCCUGCCUUGGGCAGCUGAAAAGAGGACAGGAGAAGGUCAGAGAGAGGAGAGGCUGUUUUUUGAGGCCUGAGGUGCCCCAACAUUACAAUGAAAGACUAACCAUGGUCAUGUGAGUUAUGAGCUAGGAACUGUGGACAAAACCAACACAUAUACAAUCAUCUCCCACCUCCCAGCGCCUUCACUUUCACAGCCUCUGCAGCAAACUGUGGUCACUGUAAUUGCUCCGGUGGCACAGAGGCAUACCCAGGGGAAUCUGCCCCGGGGGCUACUCUGUGCCCACAUGGGAACCAACACCUCCCCUCCCUCUGACCAGCAACCAGGACAGUUUGGUGUUCCAAGCAGUGGGCUCAUGUCUGUUUUGGCUCAGAACAGGGUGGGGAGAUCGGGCCAGGGACCCGCAGGAGGGCUUAUCCUUGAGAUUGCGUGGGAGACACAACAAGGGGUGGGGGCCUGCGGGCGGGGUGGGGCGAAGCAGGUGAUAUCCAGCCCAGAGCCCCAGCCUCUCCCCACAGUCUCACCAUGGCCCGCACCGUGGUGCUCAUCACCGGCUGCUCCUCGGGCAUCGGCCUGCACUUGGCGGUACGCCUGGCUUCAGACCCAUCCCAGAGCUUCAAAGUAUAUGCCACAUUGAGGGACCUGAAAACACAGGGUCGGCUGUGGGAGGCGGCCCGGGCCCGGGGAUGCCCUCUGGGAUCCCUAGAGACGUUGCAGCUGGACGUAAGGGACUCAAAAUCCGUGGCCGCUGCCCGGGAACGCGUGACUGAGGGCCGUGUGGACGUGCUGGUGUGUAACGCAGGCCUGGGCCUACUGGGGCCGCUGGAGGCGGUGGGGGAGGACGCCGUGGCCUCUGUGCUGGACGUGAACGUGGUGGGGACGGUGCGGGUGCUGCAGGCCUUCCUGCCAGACAUGAAGCGGCGCGGUUCGGGACGCGUGUUGGUGACCGGGAGCGUGGGAGGAUUGAUGGGGCUACCCUUCAAUGACGUUUACUGCGCCAGCAAGUUCGCGCUCGAAGGCUUAUGCGAGAGUCUGGCAGUUCUGCUGCUGCCCUUUGGGGUCCACUUGAGCCUGAUCGAGUGCGGCCCAGUGCACACCGCCUUCAUGGAGAAGGUGUCGGGCAGCCCAGACGAGGUGCUGGACCGCACGGACAUCCACACCUUCCACCGCUUCUACCAAUACCUCGCCCACAGCAAGCAGGUCUUUCGCGAGGCGGCGCAGAACCCUGAGGAGGUGGCGGAGGUCUUCCUCACCGCUUUACGCGCCCCGAAGCCGACCCUGCGCUACUUCACCACCGAGCGCUUCUUGCCCCUGCUGCGGAUGCGCCUGGACGACCCCAGCGGCUCCAACUACGUGGCCGCCAUGCACCGGCACGUGUUCGGCGACGAUCCGGCAGAGGCCGAGGCUGGGGCCGGGCCUGGGGCCGGGGCCGGGCCCAGUGAGGUGGGGGACCCUGAGCUCGGCGAUCCUCCAGCCGCCCCGCAGUAAAGGCUUCCUCAGCCCUUCUUUGUCCUCUGGGUCUGUGUGGUCCCUGGGGACGGGGCGGCGGUGGUGGUGGCGGCGGCUGUGAGUGGAUAACUAAGAUAGAUCGCGUUAGCCAGUUUUACCAGCGCAGCUAGGCGCGAUGGCUGUCUCCUGUAAUGCCAGCGCUUUGGGAGACGGAGACAGGAGGAUUGCUCAAGCCCUGGAGUUGGAGACCAGCCAGAGCAACGUAGUGAGAUCCCCAUCUCUACAAAAAUAAAAAACUUAAAAAUCA